AUGAAGCAGGCCGUGAAGCAAGCUGCGGUGGUGUUUGGGUCACUGGCCUUCGGAUGGCUGGCCAUUGAGAUUGCUUUCAAGCCUUUCCUCGACAAGGCUCGUGCCGCCAUCGCCAAGUCCGACCCUGAACACGACCCAGACGACGAUGAGAAGCUGGACUCCUCCUCCUCCUCCGCCGCCGCUGCUAAAACAGAGUCUCCUGCCGAUGGUGUCUCCUCCGACGUCACGCCGGCAGCCGCCACCGAAACAGCAACCGUGUAA